AUGGGUUGUGUGGUUGAGAGAGAGCCGAAUCAUCAAGGUCUUUACCUCAUCCUGUUGCUCAACGGGACCAUCCCCGUUGAGAAAAGAUCGGUUCCAUCUGAACUCAGGAUUGUGCUGGUGGGUAAAACCGGAUCAGGAAAGAGUUCAGCGGGAAACACCAUCCUGGGCAGGGAGUAUUUUAUCAAGGCUGUUUCACCAGGAUCAGUUACUGAGACCUGUGAGAGAGGAGAAGCACAGAUUGGUGAGCGGAUCAUCUCAGUCAUCGACACUCCAGGCCUGUUUGAUACACGAAUGUCAGAAGGGAAAAUGAAGGGUGAGAUAGAGAGGUCUGUCUACAUGUCUGCUCCUGGUCCUCAUGCGUUUCUGCUGGUCAUCAGACUGGACACCAGAUUCACAGACGAGGAGAAUAACACGGAGAGAUGGAUUCGUAAGAACAUUGGAGAAGAUGCUUUAUGUCACACCAUCAUUCUGUUCACUCACGCUGAUGAUCUGAGUGGGAAAACAUUAGAUGAGUAUAUCAGAGAGAGAAGCUUUCUUCAGUCACUGGUUCACGGCUGCGGUGGCAGAUUUCACUCAUUCAACAAUCAGGAUAGAGACGUUCACAAUCAGGUCUCAGAGCUGCUGGAGAAGAUCGAAAACAUCACAGAGAGAAACCUGUGGGAGUACUACACAAAUGAGAUGUUUAAAAAAAUGAAAAACAAAAAGACCUUUAAUGAAAAAUUAGAGAAAACCUAA